GCCAGUGUGGGGUCAACAUGGCACGCCUCGUCCAUCUGCUAUCCCUCCUGCCCCUGCUAAAUUGCUGCCUUGUUCUGACUUCUGCUGAUCAAUGCUUAAUAAGGACGCAUCAAGAGAUCGAGGCUCCAUUUUCAGUCAACGUCUUGAAUUACAUCAAUCCAUGGAAUGGAACUGAAAUUGCUAUCGCUUAUGAUAAUCGCGACGAUGUAUACUGGAGAGACAGUUUUUUUGUUUACAACUUCCAAACCAAGCAGUACACUACGAGGGAUGGUAAAAGUGAAGAGCAACACUUCCCGCAUGUUAUUGUCGUCCCACACGGAUGGAUCACCAUGAACCUUACUGUAUUUGGCAACCAGUUUAAUCUCACCCUUAAUGAUACUCAACCGGUGACGAUUAUCUCCAGUGACCUGAUAUUUGAAAUUGCCUCAGUGACUCUUUACGGAAAAUUCUCAAUAUGUCAGUCUCUGAGUCCAACGUGGAAGGUGGGUGAGGGAAAGAGUGUGGAGGUGCCGCUACAGCCACAGUACACUUGGGGCAGCAGUCAACGACAGCAGACACUGCUGGUGACCGGUCCCACCAACGCCCGUCCUUACCUCACCUCCCCUUCCCACCCAGAUGACAAGACUUAUAUCCCCCCCAACAUCAACUUCCUCGUCAAAAUCUCUUACCAAGAGUCGUCUGUAUUUAUGUAUCCAUAUCAGCAAGCACAAACUGAGAGGAAACCUGGUAGCUCCACUAAGGAGGACAGAGAGGAAUUAUGA